AUGAUCAUAUCUCUCGUUUUCGCGGCUGCUUUGGUGGUCGUCUUCGUGGUUUACAAGGCGCUAUGGCCGGUCCAACUCGAUUCUCAGGAGCCGCCGGUUUUGCGUCCCAAGAUACCCAUGAUAGGCCAUCUUCUCAGUCUCGCUCAGCUGAGAUUUGAGUACCACCUGGGAAACCACAAGAAGUACAGAAUGCAGGCCCACACACUACCCAUCCUCGGCCACAAGCUCUACGUAGCCUCCUCGCCCCAACUAGCCGCAGCCGUCCUGCGUGCCCGGACCCUCAGCUUCGAGCCUCUCCUCGCCGGUUUCGCCGACAUCAUGCUGGGUCUCGAAGGCCCUGGUCUGGACAUGUGGAAGACACCAGACUACCACGUCGCCUUCUUCAAGGUCCUCCACACGGGAAUGUCAGGGAAGGACCUCUACAGCUUCACCAAGGCCCUCGUCAGCAACACGGCGGAGUUCCUGAGCGGUCUGUCCCGUGAACCGACGGAGGUGGACGACUUUUACGAAUGGGGUCGCCAGGUCCUCACGGUAGCCGUCACAACUGACUUAUACGGGGCGAAGAACCCCCUGAAAGACCCCAAGAUGAGGGAGACCUUCUGGUACGUCACAUCAUCCAUCCUCACCACCACCGAGAAACUCACAACCAUACACAGGACAUUCCACGACAGCAUGCACCUCUUCCUCAUCCCCGCAUCCCGAUCCCUCGUAGCCUCCACGGCCUUCAAGACACGAGAACAAGUCCGCGCCCUCCUCGAAACCUACAUCGCGGACGAGAACGACAUGGCCCCCGACGUGCCCCAGUUCACCCGCGACCGCAUCGCCAUCGGCCGCAAGUUCGGCAUGUCCCCAGACGACAUCUCCCGCAUCGAGCUCGGCUUCACCGUCGCCUCCCUCGCCAACACCUCCGCCAUCCUCUACUGGCUGCUCAUCCACAUCUACGGCCAGCCGGACCUGCUCGCCAGGAUCCGCGAGGAACUCCUCACCGUCGUGGGUGAAACGGAGCACCUCGUGAACUCGCAGGCCGAGCGCCCGAUGACGCUCCGGCUGGGCGGCAUGAAGGAGAAAUGCCCCCUCUUCUUCUCCUGCUUCCAGGAGACGCAGCGCCUCACCGCCGUCGACAACGUGAACCGCUCCGUGGUCGCGGACACCACCAUCACCGACGACAGCCGGAGCUACCUUCUCAAGAGCGGGCAGAGCGUGCAAGUUCCGCUGGCGAUUCUGCACAGAGACCCGGAGGUGUGGGGCGCUGAUUUCGAGACCUGGGUCGGGGAUCGGUUUUUGAAGAUGGGCGAGGAGGCGAUGCCGACGACGGGGUUUUUCCCCUUUGGAGGGGGGAAGCAUCAAUGCCCCGGUCGCAACCUUGCUCGUGGCCUUGUGAUGGGCUCUGCGGCGCAGUUGUUGCUUGGUCUUGAUGUGACUGGAGUCGAUGGCGGGCCGGCGGUGGUUCCGAAGGCCCAGACGCCGUGGCCGACGUCGUCUCUCACUUCAGACCUCUCUCCCAGCGAGGAGAUGUACACGGCCGAGAAGGCCGAGCCGGUAGGCCCGAACUCGCUGCGCGAGCGGGCUCUCCACCACAUCUCCCAGCUCCGGUACCGCGUGUGCGUUCUGACGGGACUCAUCCUCAUCUUCCUUUCGAUAUUUUGGUUAUACGACAGCAGCCCUCAAAACGGCUUCAGGCUGCCGUUCAACACCGACUUGUUCUACCACCGUGAAGACAACUCGUGGAUCGACAACUCUACGAGGUCCGACUGGGUGAAGCCUCGUCCGGGACACCUCAUCCCGCCCAAGAUCUGGCAGAUUAUGCUGCCGAAGAACUGGAAGGAUAGGUAUCCUGUCAACGACCCUGAGAAGUUGUCGGAGACGGCGACGUGGCUUGCGAUGAAUACGGACUAUGCCUACACACUAGUCGGCGGCAAAGGCGGAAAGGAAUUUGUCGAACGUCGCUUCGGCAACGUCUCCAAGAUCCUCCAAACAUACAACCACCUCCCCAACGUCGGCAUGAAGUCCGACAUGCUCCGCUACCUCCUGCUCGACGUCGAGGGCGGUAUAUACACGGACACAGACACCCUAGCCCUCAAGCCCGUCGACGUCUGGGUCCCACGUAAGCUCCGGAACGAGACCCGCCUGGUCGUCGGCAUCGAGUUCGACCAGCGCGACGGCCCCGCCUGGGCCGACAUACCCCAUCCGGUGCAGUUCUGCCAGUGGACCAUCGCCGCGGCCCCGGGGCACCCCGUGUUCAAGAAGAUGACGGACCGCGUGAUUGCCUCGGUGGAGGAUCUCGUCCGGCAGCACGGCGUCAAGGAGGGCGGGUUGAAGCCGAGCAGUUUUGAGGUUAUGAACUCGACCGGACCGGCGGCGUGGACGGAUGUGGUUUUCCAGCACUUGCAAACGGUCGAGCCGAGUCUGACGGAUAUACGAAACUUGUCGUAUAUGAAAGCGCCGACGUUGUAUGGUGACGUGCUGGUGCUGCCGAUCGAUGGGUUUGGGAUGGGGCAGGUGCAUUCUGGGAGUACGCAUGAUGGGAGUAUUCCUCGUGAUGCGUUGGUGAAGCAUCUGUUCGGGGGCUCGUGGAGGGGAGACUAA